CAGCCUGUUCCUGACCGAGCACCGGGACGGGAGUGGGAUGAACUAGUCUCGGACAUUUCCACGGUUAUCUACGAAAACGGCACACUUUCGGUCGGCUGGGCGGCUACACGGGACCUGUUUUAACAAAUGAACUCUGGUCUGGCUGCUUUCCGAGCGUUGGGAGAUACUCAGUCGCAUUUAAAAAGAGUUUGGAUACUGGAGGAAAGUUGAAAUCCCUGUGCUGCCCGGGGGAAAGGUGAGACGGGUGCGACUUUAACUUUCCCGGCUUACUCGUUUAAUAACUACAACAUACUAUUAGGUAUCGAGCAGUAUUUUACCAGCGUGUGCAGUUUUAUUAUUUCACUAUCCUGCACUGAGGUAUAUCAGCAUGUCUCUCAAGUGUGCCGCUGUGUAACCAGUUCUUCCAGCUCUGCGGGGAGUUUCGACUGCUGCUUAACUGACUUCAGGUAAACCGUAUCGCCAGGUUUGCCGCUCUGCUUAAAAAUUCUUGUUCAAACCGUUUCACAAUAAUGGCUGGUUUGAGCAAUGCCCACAUGAAAACCCUGGAGGACCUGACCCUGGACUCUGGCUACGGGGCGGGGGAUUCAUGUAGAUCUCUCAGCCUGUCCUCCUCCAAGUCCAACUCGCAUGCCUUCAUGACGGUCCCUCAUCGGGGAAACUGGUGGUACUACUCCGGCUCUAUGAACAGCAGGAACAACAGCUGGGACACGGUCAACACGGUCCUCCCCGAAGACCCGGAGGACAUAUUCUCAAAGUGUCCGCGCUUACCUGAGUUGGAAGAGUUCCCCUGGACCGAAGAGGAAGUGGCUAAGAUACUUCGCAAAGUGGCCGGGAGUGGGAGCAUUAAAGGUGGACCCACACCUGUGUUCUCCCCGGAGGCCGUGAGGCGGCUGUCUUCUCUCCUCCGCCGGGCUCUCAUCCGCAUCUCCAGAGAGGCUCAGCGGCUCAGCGUCAUGCACUGCCGCUGCACACGCUUCGAGGUGCAGAGCGCCAUGAGGCUGGUGCUCAGCUGGGCAUUGGCCGACCACUGCGUCUCUGCUACGGUCAAGGCCAUCUCCAUGUAUAGCAUGAGCGCAGGGGAGCUCCUGAGGAAAGGCAAGUCGGCCCGCUGCGGCCUCUCCUUCUCCGUGGGACGCUUCUUCCGCUGGAUGGUGGACACACGCAUCUCCGUGCGCAUCCACGAGUACGCAGCGAUAUGCCUGACUGCAUGCAUGGAAGCCCUGGUGGAAGAGAUAGGAGCCCGGGUGCUGAUGGCCGAGAGGGGUCAACCAGGGCCGGAUUCAGGGUCAUCAUGCACCCCAGUGAGCUCAGAGGCACUGGAGGGGGUGGUGAACAAUGACGCAGAGCUGUGGGGAGUCCUGCAGCACUACGAGCACCUGAUCUGCGGGAAGAACGCCAAUGGUGUUUUGUCUCUUCCGGCCCAUUUCAGUCCCUACACGGAGAACCAUCAGACGUCGGCGGACAGCAGGGAGGAUGCCUAUGCCCAGCUGGAGCUGAGGACGCUGGAGCAGUCCCUGCUGGCUACCUGUGUGGGCAGCAUUUCUGAACUCAGUGACUUAGUGUCCCGUGCCAUGCACCACAUGCAGCGUCUGAGCUCAGUGCGCCCAGGACUGAGCCCAGCCCGACACGCCCGUCCCCAGCAGCCCGUGUCUUGGUCGCCGGACGCCCUCCACACCCUUUACUACUUCCUGCGCUGCCCACAAAUGGAGUCCAUGGAGAAUCCCAAUUUAGACCCCCCACGCAUGGCACUCAGCAAAGAGAGGCCAUUCCUGCUGCUGCCUCCUCUGAUGGAGUGGAUGAGAGUCGCCAUAGUUCAUGCUGAGCAUCGCAAGAGUCUAUUGGUGGACAGUGAUGAUGUCAGACAGACCGCCAGGCUACUCCUUCCAGGAUUGGACUGUGAACCAAGACAGCUGAAGCCUGAGUGUUGCUUUAGCUCCUUCAAGCGUCUCGACUCCAAGGCCGCCACGGACAAGUUCCACCUGGACCUGGGCUUUCGGAUGCUCAACUGUGGACGCACAGAUCUCAUUGGCCAAGCUAUCGAUCUGCUUGGGCCAGAUGGGGUCAACAGCAUGGACGACCAGGGCAUGACCCCUCUGAUGUAUGCCUGCGCAGCUGGAGACGAGGCCUUAGUCCAGAUGUUGAUCGAUGCCGGGGCAAACCUUGACGUGGCGGUUCCACCAUGCUCCCCGAAGCACCCCUCUGUGCAUCCUGACAGUCGUCACUGGGCAGCCCUCACCUUCGCUGUGCUGCAUGGACACAUCUCUGUAGUGCAGCUCCUGUUGGAUGCAGGGGCCAACGUGGAAGGGGCCCCAGUCCGCAAUGGACAGGAGAGCACAGCAGACACCCCGUUGCAGCUGGCUUCAGCAGCAGGAAACUACGAGAUGGUGAGUUUGCUCCUGGCACGAGGCGCAGAUCCCUUAUCAAAGACCCAUGAUGGGAAUGCUCUCACGUCGUCGCUCUAUGAAGACAUGAACUGCUUCAGUCAUGCUGCUGCACACGGACACAGGAACGUGCUGCGAAAGCUACUGACUCAGCCCCAGCAAGUCAAAGAGGAUGUCCUGUCUCUGGAGGAGAUCUUAGCUGAGGGGGUGGAGGGCGAGGAGGCCGGGAUCUGCCCUUUCCUCCCUCUCUCCCCCCUCCCCACCCCUUCCUCUGGCCCUGGGGCCCUGCCUGAAGUAGGCAUAGCGAAACUCUGCAAGGCCAGGAUGAAGGCUCUGCAGGAAGCCAGCUACUAUAGCGCGGAGCACGGCUACCUGGACGUCACCAUGGAGCUACGAGCUCUGGGUGUACCAUGGAAGCUGCACGUGUGGCUGGAAUCUCUGCGCUGUGCCCAGCAGCAGUCCAGGGCGGGGGUCACCCUGUCCCUCCUCAGAGAGUUCACCACCAUCAGAGAGGAGGACUACUGCACAGAGCUGGUCACCCUCGGCCUGCCCCUGAUGUUCCAUAUCUUACGCACCACCAAGAAUGACGCCAUUAUACAGCAGUCUGGGACUAUUUUCAGUCACUGCUUUGGCCCUGCCCCACUUCCAGCUAUCCCUGGGAUGAAGGCAACUCUUUCCGCACAGUUGGACCCUCAUUUCCUGAACAACCGGGAGAUGUCUGAUGUGACAUUUGUGGUGGAAGGGAAACCGUUCUACGGACAUAAAGUCCUGCUGAUCACCGCUUCUGACCGAUUCAAGUCUCUGCUGGCCUGCUCCGGAGCAGAAGGAAGCGCCAACAAGGAGAUUGAGAUCAGUGAUAUCAAGUACAGCAUCUUCCAGAUGAUGAUGUCAUACCUGUACUGUGGAGGAACAGAGUCGUUGAAAACAAAUGUGCCCGACUUGCUGCAGUUGCUGUCAGCUGCUAGUCUGUUCCAGCUGGGCGUGCUACAAAGACACUGUGAACUCCUCUGCUCUCGGCUCAUCACGCUGGAUAAUGCAGUCAGCAUCUACAAGACAGCCAAGGCCCAUGGUUCAGUGGAGCUGAGCUCAUUCUGUGAAGGUUACUUCUUGCAGCAGAUGCCUGCUCUACUGGAGAGAGAGAGCUUCAGAACCCUGCUGUUGGGACCACAUUCGGCCCGACAGGGGAACAACUCCACCUCCACACUGCUUCACAGCCGGGGAGAGUCGCCGCUGGAGGAGCUGGAGGCGACCCUGGCUCAACGACUACGCUCUCUGUGCGUCACGUCCCGAGUCUGAGGAUUCAAGAUUCAAGAAGAUUCAAAAAGCUUUAUUUAUCCCGAGGGAAAUUGAAAUUGAGGACAACAGGACAUCAAAAGCGGAGGUUUCAUUUGAUCAAUGAUACAGGAUCCGAUCUGAAGACAGUCUAAAUAAUCGAUCACAGAUAUUAUUUUAGUAACGCCUGUUCCCAUAACUGAUAACAAGCUGGUUCUACAUUGCUUUGACUUUGGGAUACAGAUCAGUGAUUUUUUUGGAUGCAGAUCUCUGUGGACAAUAUAGCGUUUUCACAUGUUGUACCCAGCACUCCAUCUUGACAUGUUUUACAAAGUACAGCAUGUAAUGAAGAAGAAAAAUGGGACUAUGUGACGCUUUUUCUCCAAGGCUCGGGAAGCUUAAAUGGAGACGCAACAGAUGGAUGAAACAAGUGGGAACUCUGAAUAAUAAAACACUGCUGCCCUCUACUGGACAAAACUGGCAAAAAUAUUAAAUUGCCCUGGAGGAUUGGGAUCAAGUUUCCCUCCUGGUUCUGACUGAAGCUGUAUAUUAGAUUGAAUCCAGGGAGGCAGCCAUGCUGGACUUUUGGCUUUAUCCCAUUCAAACUAAUAAUGCAGAGUGGGAUGACAGAGGUAGACGCCUCCGCUAUUGAUGUAUACUUUGGAUUAACAAAUGUACUUUUUAUGUAACUGUUUUUAUUUUUGAAAAGUAUUGCCGGAGAAACAAAACACUUAAUGAAGAGUGGGAUGGACAUUUUCUAUUUAAUGAGAAAAAAAAGAUGUGAGAGUAUUUAACAGGGUGUUCCCUUUUUAUUUUGUUUUUUAAUCCAAGCAAAUUAUUAAUAUUAUAGAUUAAAACAAAUAUUUUGUGUAACUGUUUUUUCAGAUACACUCUUAACAGUUUAUUAAGCUUAUGUAUGCUGAGGUUUAAUGCUUCUAUACAGGUACAGCAGCAGAAUCCAACGUGGGAUUUGGAAUACAAAAUGUGUUUGAAUGCUGAAUAUUGUAAUAAACCUAGUAAACAAG